GUCGCCACAACACGGGUCUCAAAUUUUUUUUUUUUUUAUUUCAUUUAUAUCUUUCAACAAUAUAAAUUAAACAAGUUAAAAAUAUAAUUAUAAAUAUAUAUAGGUAUACAAUAUAUAUCUGUACAAAGAAAUAAAAAAUUAUUUAUUUGUAAAAAUUAAUAAAUAUUUACGUUCAAUUUUCUUGAUCAACAACGGAAAAAGGGUACAAUAAUAUUACUCUUUUUUUUUAUUUAUUUAUUUUUUUUUUCCUCUCACUUUUUCGAUUACCGUGUUGUUUUAUAAAACAGUGAUUAUUUUUACAUGCUAUUUUUAUCAUAAUUAUCAUAUCUUUGUAUUUUUUUUUUUUUGUUAAAAAAAUUAGCUUUUUAUUUUUUUUUUCAUUUUGAACUGUUUGUGGAAGUUUGACGUGACACAAUCGACAGUGUUGAAUUUAUAAUUAUAAUAUAAAAAAAAAAAAAAAAAAAAUAUUGUCGAGUUAUAACAAACAAGUUUUUUUUUUUUGUAAUUUACUGCAAAAAAAAAAAAAUCGUUGCGGAAGUGAACAAAGGUUUUGGAGCAAGUUUUCAACUCAUUUCGGCACGUUUUAUCUGAAAACUGAUAUUUUCCAAAAAACUUUUCUUUUGUGUUUAUAUUAUUUUCUUGUAUUUAUUAUUUUUUUUUCUGUGCAUUCUAUUAUAUGUUCACAGCUUGUUACUUUAAGCUGUUGAUUUAUUUGUAAAAUGAAAAAUACCAGAUGGACAUAUUUAAAAUAAUAUUUAAAACAAUAAUUACAAGUGCGCUGUCGAUCACAAAAAAUCAUACGUUUUAUUGCGCGCGUCUGUGCCAAAAAUAAUAAUUUAAAUAAAUAUAUACUGUGAUUAAUAAGAUAAUAAUAUUUUCACAUUGUUAUGUUAAAAAAGUGUGUUACCAUGUGUUGUGUUUGUGAAAUAUAUAUUGUUUAAAAUUAAAAAAUAAAAAAAAAAAUAUUUUUUUAUAUAUUUUUACAACUUUGUUAAAUUCUCGCAAUUGUGAACAAGGAUUAACACACACUUUGAGACAUUGGAUUACCAUGCUGGAAGCAGCAGCCACGAAUCACAGACAGGUGGCUGCAAUUAAAUUGUGAAAUUUCAAAUGCAAGAAAAAAUUGGCCGAAAGAUGACUGCAAAAUAGCCAAUAAAAUUCGAGCAUCUUUUUAUCGAUGCCAAUCUGCCAUGUUGUUUAGGUGAGGGAGAAGGAGGCGCUGACCGGUGGCGGCGGCGGCCAUGCGCCCCGGCCCGCCAUCACCGAGCCGCCGCAGGCCUGCCCGUCGCCAGCAGCAGCCGCAUCAUCAUCAUUAUCAUCAUCAUCAUCACCAUCAUCAUCAUUAUAAUAACAUAUCGUUAAAUACAAUAAAAACAAACAAUCAUAACAAGCAUAAUAUUUUUGGUGAUACCAGCCAUACAAACACGUGGUCAAUCCUGUUUCUGCUGAUUCUACUAGUAGUUGGUCCCUGUCUUGCCCUAAAUGAGACCUCAAAUAAUCCAAUCGAUAUCAUUAAUCAUGGAAAUGAUAAUAGCAAUUUAACUAUAAUUAAUAAUAAUAAUAAUAAUUUUUAUCAUAAUAUUAAUAAUACAAAUCAUGAACGGGCAAAUUUUAAACCAAAAAAUCUUACGAUUGGAUAUUUGACGGCAAUUAAGGGAGGACUCAAGGACAGGCAGGGACUCGCAAUAUCUGGAGCUAUUUCAAUGGCACUUGAUGAGGUAAACAAUGAUCCAAAUAUUUUGCCGACUGUUAAUUUAUUGAUGAAAUGGAGUGACACACGUGGUGAAACAGUUGAUGCAACAAGAGCAAUGGUCGAUAUGAUUUGUGAUGGUGUUGCUGCAUUUUUUGGUCCGGAGGGCCAAUGUUUUGUUGAGGCAACUGUUGCAUGGUCUAAAAACAUACCAAUGAUCAGCUACAAAUGCUCGGAUUAUAUGGCAUCAACAGUACCAACAUUUGCACGUACAGAACCACCAGAUACACAAGUAACAAAAUCAGUAAUAGCAUUAUUACGUCAUUAUGGUUGGAAUAAAUUUUCAAUAAUAACUGAAAAAGCAUGGUCAUCAGUUGCAAAAUCAUUGGAAAAUCAAGCAACAGCUAAACCAAAUAAUUUAACAAUAAAUCAUCAUAAAAUAGUUGAAGAUCGUCAUACAUGUUGUGAAGAACGUUUACCAUGUUGUCAGCCAAAUCUAUGGUUUCAAUUAAUACAAGAAACUAAAAAUAUGACACGUAUUUAUAUAUUUCUUGGUACUGCAAUAUCAUUAAUUGACAUGAUGAAUGCAAUGCAAAAUCAACGUUUAUUAGAUAAUGGUGAAUAUAUGGUUAUUUAUAUUGAUAUGAUGACAUAUUCACCACGUGAAGCACAAAAGUACUUAUGGAAACCAGAAAAUUUUGAUAAUACUAAAAAUUGUCUUGAACCAAAAGAUUUUAUUAAACGUGCUAGAUCAUUAUUAGUUGUUGCAUCAACACCACCAAUACAAAGUUAUGAAGAAUUUACAACUAAAGUACGAAAAUAUACAAGUCGUGAUCCAUUUAAUUUUACUGUUCCUGAUUUAUUUGUUAAUUUUGAAAAAUAUGUAUCAAUACAUGCUGCUUAUUUAUAUGAUUCUGUUAAAUUAUAUGCAACUGCAUUGGAUCAAUUAAUAAGAGAACAACCAAAUCUUUCAGUUGAAGAAGUUGCUAGUAAUGGAACUAAAAUUAUUGAAACAAUUAUACAAAAGCACAUGUAUCAAAGUGUAAGUGGACAAACAAUUAAACUCGACAUGAAUGGUGAUUCAGAGGGUAAUUUUUCAGUUCUUGCAUUAAAAAAAGGACGUUAUGAAAUUCAUAAUUUUUCAUGUGAUUAUCAAAUGAAACCAGUUGGACAAUUUCAACAGCAAGGUGAUACUCUAGUUUAUCGACCAUCAGAAUCAAUGGAUUGGCCAGGUAAAAAUAAACCAGAAGCUGAGCCUGGUUGUGGUUUUCUUAAUGAACAUUGUCCUAAAAAUGAUAAUCAUACUGCAAGUCUUAUUGUUGCUAUAGUUUUGUCAGUAGUAUUACUAUGCACAAUUCUUGUUAUUAGUAGUAUAUAUAGACGUUGGAAAAUUGAACAAGAAAUUGAAGGUUUACUUUGGAAAAUUGAUCCAAAAGAUAUACAUGGUUAUCCACAUUUGGAUAAUUUAAUGUCAUCACCUAGUAAGCUAAGUUUAGUUAGUGCAAUGUCAUAUGAAUCAAGAUGUGGUGGUCAAGUAUUUGCUCAAACUGGACGUUACAAUGGUGCAACUGUACGAAUUAAAGAGCUUAAAUUUUCAAAAAAAAAAGAUAUAUCAAGAGAUGUUAUGAAAGAAAUGCGUGCACUUCGUGAAAUAAGACAUGGUAAUUUAAAUUCAUUUAUUGGUGCUUGUGUUGAGCCAAUGAGAAUAUUAUUAAUAACUGAAUAUUGUGCCAAAGGAAGUCUUUAUGACAUCAUUGAAAAUGAGGAUAUUAAAUUAGAUGCCAUGUUUAUUGCAUCACUAGUUCAUGAUCUAAUUAAGGGUAUGUUGUAUAUUCAUGAAUCAACAACAUUACGAUGUCAUGGUAAUUUAAAAUCAUCAAAUUGUGUUGUAACAUCAAGAUGGAUACUUCAAGUAUCUGAUUUUGGUCUUCAUGAUAUGCGUCAUUGUGCUGAAUCUGAUAGUAUUGGUGAACAUCAAUAUUACAGAAAUAUGUUUUGGAAAGCACCAGAAUUAUUACGUGAUCCAAGUGCAUCAUUAAAAGGUACACCAGAAGGUGAUAUUUAUUCAUUUGCAAUAAUAUUAUAUGAAAUGAUUGGAAGAAAAGGACCAUAUGGUGGUGUUGAUAUGGAGCCAAAAUCAAUUAUUGAUAAAGUUAAAUGUCCACCAAUAAAUAAAGAAAAACCAUUUAGACCAAAUAUUGAUAUAUUAUUAGAUACAAAUAUUAAAUGUCCAGAUUAUGUUAUAAGUACAAUAACUGAUUGUUGGUCAGAAUAUAAAGAAUUACGUCCAGAAUUUAAAACAAUUAGAACAAGAUUAAAAAAAAUGAAAGCUGGUAAACAUCGUAAUAUUAUGGAUCAAAUGAUGGAUAUGAUGGAAAAAUAUGCUAAUAAUCUUGAGGAUUUAGUUAGUGAACGUACACGUUUACUUGCUGAAGAAAAACAUAAAACUGAAGAUUUAUUACAUAGAAUGUUACCUGAACCUGUUGCAAAUUGUUUAACAAAUGGAAUUGGUGUUGAGCCAGAGGCUUUUGAUCUUGUUACAAUAUAUUUUAGUGAUAUAGUUGGUUUUACUGCAAUGUCAGCUGAAAGUACACCAUUUCAAGUUGUUAAUUUUCUCAAUGAUUUAUAUACAUUAUUUGAUCGUGUUAUUAAAGGAUAUGAUGUAUACAAAGUUGAAACUAUCGGUGAUGCUUACAUGGUGGUUUCUGGUUUGCCAAUUAAAAAUGGUAAUAGACAUGCUGGUGAAAUUGCAUCAAUGUCGUUGGAUCUUUUGAGUGUUGUUAAACAACAUACAAUUGCACACAGACCAAAUGAAACAUUAAAACUUCGUAUUGGAAUACAUACUGGUCCUGUGGUUGCUGGAGUUGUUGGAUUAACAAUGCCACGUUAUUGUCUAUUUGGUGAUACAGUUAAUACUGCAUCGAGAAUGGAAUCAAAUGGUGAACCAUUGAGAAUUCAUAUAAGUGGAGAAUGUAAAGAAUCAUUGGAUAAAAUUGGUGGUUAUAUUAUUGAAGAACGAGGGCUUGUACAUAUGAAAGGAAAAGGAAAUGUUAAAACUUAUUGGUUGACUGGAGCAAAUGAAAAAGCCAUACAAAAACGUGAAGUUGACAUUGGUGAUUUACCACCAUUAUUUUGUCGUCCACGACGAUCACCAAAAUUAAAUUGUGACUCAAGACAAGCAUCAUUACUUGGUGGUUUUUGUGCUGGCAGUAGACUAAUAACAACAUUACCAAGAUUAAAUACAGAAGAUACAUUAUCACAAUUUGAUAAUUCAAGUCCAGCAUUAGCACGUAAUUUACGUAUUGGUAAAUUAGACAAAAAUCAAAUAAUAAUGAUUGAUAGUUCAUCAAAAACAACAAUUGACAAUCCAACAUUACGUGAAGAAAAACAAAUACGUGCUGCAAAUAUAAAACUAGCACUUGAUGAUUAUUAUUUUGAAUUAUCACCAGAAAAAAAUAAAAAUAAACGUAUAUUAUCAACAAUUGCAUCAUCAUCAACAACAAGUGAUUAUCCAUUACAAAUAAUACGUGAAUCACGUUCAUUAGAUCCAUUUCCAUUGUAUAAUAAUAAUGAUUCAUCAAAUUUAAAAAAUCGUUUAUCAAAAAAAUCAUUUAAAUCAUUAGAAAGUUGUAAUAAAUGUUAUAAAAAUUAUCAUGAUAAUAAUUAUAAUAAAAUAGUUAAUAAUAAUUAUUCAAAUGGUAAUACAUUACAAUGUAAUAAUGAUAUUAAUGAUGAUUUAAUUGAUAAUGAUGUUGAUGAACCAUUAUUAAGUGAUUCAUAUCAUUGUAUAAAUGAUACAAUUGAUUUAUCAAAAUCAACACAAUCACUUGAUCAUGUUUUACCUGAACAAUGUAAUGAUAAUGUACAAGAUAAAAAAACAAGUGCUAGAAAUUCAAUUAAAAGUUGGAUUGUUAAUUUUAUCAGUGGUAAUAAUGGAAUUAGAAAUAGUGAUGUCUCUCUCAGAAAUGGUGGUGUUAUUGGAUAUGACAUUCAAUCUGAACGUGAAUCAAUUGUUUAAUUUUAAAACAAAAAAAAACAAAAUAAUCUAUUGUUGCCAUUUAUAAUUUAACUAUUAUUAUAUAAUAAUUAUUUUUUUUUUUUUUACUUUUAGACUAGCCCCGUGGGCAGUUGAUAUAUUUAAACAAAAUUUAGGCAUCUAGCUUUCAAUUAUUUAAUUGUUAUUCUUUACUUUGUUAUUAGUUUUUUUCAUUUUUUUUUUUUUUUCUCAAAAUUAUGAUUAAUUCAAAUUGUAUUUGAAUAUUGCGAAUUAUUAUUUGUGUUUUUUUUUUUUUAUUUUUUAUUAUUAUUUUAAGAAAUCAACUGAACUCGUAGUUACCGAGUGUAAAUUUUUUUUUUUUUUUUUAAGUUUUGCUUGGUGAUUAUUAUUGCUUAUUAUUUUGACUAAAUAUUUUCUUAUUUUUGUUGAAAUUUGAUUAACAAAGAACCAAAGUUAAUGGACAAAAACUUUUUUUUUUUUUUUUUUCAUUAAUUGAAUGUUUUCAAGGCCCUCAUGGAUGUUAUAAUGUUAAGUUAAUCUUUAUAUAUAAAAAUAAAAAUAAAAUAAAUAUAUUUUUUUUUUUUUUG